GGUUACAUGACGUCACGCACACCCUGCCUCCCCCCCACUACAUAUAAAGAGUGACGUCACAUCCGCCUUCUCUCUCUCCCGUGCCCGGCAGCCGAGGAAGCCAUUAGUAAACGAACGAAAUGGCGGAGGCGGAGGCUGUCAGCGGCGGACCCAUGGACGUGAACACGGCCUUGCAGGAGGUUCUAAAGACGGCGCUGAUCCACGACGGACUCGCCCGCGGUCUCCGCGAGGCGGCAAAGGCCCUCGACAAGCGGCACGCCCAUCUGUGCGUCCUCGCCAGCAACUGCGAUGAGCCCAUGUACGUGAAGCUGGUGGAGGCCCUGUGCAACGAGCACCAGAUCACCUCAACGCAGGUGGACGAUAACAAGAAGCUUGGCGAGUGGUCGGGGCUCUGCAAGAUCGACCGCGAGGGGAAACCACGCAAGGUGGUCGGAUGCAGCUGCGUGGUCGUGAAGGACUACGGCAAGGAGACGCAAGCCAAGGACGUGCUGGAGGAGUACUUCAAGGGCAAGUGAAGCUCUUCCUGCUCCUCCUGCAUCGUCCCGACGAUCGCGAUGGAACAAUAAAAGUGUCACUCAACCUGC